ACGUGAUCUUAUGAUGUUAUAAUAUUGUAUCACGUGGAAAUUUGAUUCCACGAAAUUUUUAACAAGUGAUUAAAUGAAAUGUUUAGUAUAAUUAAAUUUUAUCAAAGAUUUUAAUAAAAACGUGUUUAUUCGACGCUUUAUGAAAUCAUCUCAUUGUUAUAGAAAUCAUCAUAUCAGAUAAUGAAAAGUUAAUGCGGAGAAGAUAAGAAAAAAAAAAACCCAUUAAGUUAAUAUAUAAAAUAAUGGAAAUUCAAACAUUUAUAUUCUUUGACCUAGAAACGACUGGUCUGAUUCAGGGAAAGAUUAUGCCAAGAAUCACGGAAAUUGCUUUAGUUGCAGUUACAAGAGAGUCGAUGCGUAAUAGCAACAAAGCAUCUUCGCCGCGAGUCUUGCAUAAGCUAAUACUUCCGAUUAAUCCCCAAAAAAUCAUACCACCAAAUGUAGAAUACAUGACAAAACUAUUUAACGAGGACAUGUUGCUACUGCAGCCUUUUGAAUGUGAAGUUUACGAGUUAAUAAAGUGUUUUCUACAACGUCUUACGCCGCCAGUUUGUUUUGCAGCACAUAACGGCAACAGAUUUGAUUAUCCAAUAUUCUUGCAGGAACUCGAGCGCAUAAAUAAGAUCUUUGAUGACAAAAUUCUGUGCAUUGAUACAUGGAAGAUGUUUCAAGAUUUCUUCAAGAAAAAAGAUUUGGAACCAAAGAUAGUCCAAGAUUUGUUAGAUGAUGAAUUCAAUGAUUCGCUCUCCAUGUUAGAUAUAGAUGCGGUAAUAAUGGAACAAGAGGCUAAAAUUAAUGCCACAUCUAUUUCGCAAGCAACAUCUCCUUGUGAUAUCAAAGUUAUAAACAAUAAGAAAUAUGAUAUAAACAAGGAGUAUAACGAUGACAUCGAUGUUGAAUCGUCGAAGGAUUUUAGACAAAAAAAUAAUGAAAAAACGCCGGAGAAUCAAAUAAUGAGGCAGCAUGAGGCUGGUUUUGUAGAACGACCAUUUAAAAAAAAUAAUCCAAGGAAGAAAUUGGAUUUCGGAUGGGAAAGACCAGUCAGCCUUAAACUCGGCGCCAUUUAUGAAUAUAUGUUUGGUUCAAAUUUUGCUGAGCAUUCGGCCGAGGCUGACUGUCUUGCCAUGAUACGUUGCGUUACUAAUAUUGUCGACUUCUUCUUUGAGUGGUCAGACCAUCAUGCAAUACCCUUGGUUUGCUGUAAAAAAAUAGUAUAGUAUAAGAUUAUUAAAUGAUAUUUUAGAUUUUAGAUAAUAAAAAUGAUACAUAAUGAGUAAAAAAUUACAGAAUCGUACAGUACAAAGAGGAUAUAUGUAAUUGUGAAUUAAGAUGCAAAAUUAGUAUAUGAAAUUGAAAGUAAUGUUGUUAAAGCUUUCAUCUUUUUAUAUAUUAAAUUAUUAAAUGCAAAAGAGUAUUCAUAACUUGUAUUUCAUAACAAAUAUUAAUCUAAGUAAGAAAUUAGUCCAAAUAUUAGUCUGACUAUUU